AUGCCUGACGAUGCGAGAACAGGCGUGACUGAGGAUGAAGCGGCCUUGUAUGACCGUCAAAUCCGCUUAUGGGGUCUGGAGGCGCAAAACCGCAUGCGAUCGGCCCAUGUGCUUCUGGUGGGCCUGACAGGCGUGGCCACCGAGGUCAUCAAGAAUAUUGUCUUGGCGGGCAUUGGGUCCUUGACCAUCCUGGAUGCUGGCGUAGUACGUGAAGAGGAGCUCUCAGCGUCCUUCUUCUUCCGUGACACGGAUGUGGGAGUGUCGCGAACGGCAGAGGCGCCACUUCAGCGCAUCCGGCAGCUCAACCCCCAUGUGCAGGUGCGCGGGCGGUCGGACGACUGCAUCCUCACUGACGAAGCCCUCGUUGCGCUGCAACCCGACAUUGUCCUUGUGACACACGGUACGCGCGACGAGUUGUUGGCGUGGAACGACGUUUGCCGUCGGAACAAGGUCAUGUUUUUUGCGGCUGGCGCGCACGGGCUCCAUGGCUACCUAUUUUGUGAUCUCCUCGAACUGGACUAUGUGGUCGAUCGGCCCGUGCCCGGCACAAGUGAAAAAGCCCCCAAGCGGUUCCAUCAGGCUUUUGUGCCACUGCGUGAGUCUCUCGAUUCCAAAUGGACGUUCCGGGCGAGUCCAGGCCUCGUAGGGAUCCAGGCCCUAUGGAAUGUGAACGAGACACCGGAGAGUGCUGACGCGCUGCAGGCUGCCAUUGCCGACCACGCAACCUCGCUGAUGCAGGGCAAAGGUACGAAACCUGCGUCUGUAUUCCGCCGCGUGGAUGCCACGUCGUUCUAUGGCGAGUUUGCGCAGGCAACAUGGGAGGCUGUGACGCACCACAGCACGGCGACUUUUGCACCGACGAGUGCGAUCCUGGGGGGCAUACUUGGACAGGCGAUCUUGAAUGCGCUGGGUCGCCGCGAAGAGCCCAUCGUAAACUGGUGUAUUAUCGAUGCAGGGAGAGGCACAGCCGAUAUUCAUCCUGUGGGCCCCUCGUUCCUGGCAUCCCCAGAGUCACUAUAG